AUGGAAUACCCUCCAAUUAAGGUAUUUGAGAAGGCCAGCGAAAUUACUAGAAAAAGAAGAAUAAAUCAGGUCAGAGGCCCAUGCGAGGAGAUAAGAGUUAAGAAAAAGAUAAUCAUAACAGCAUGGCAGAAUAUAUCAGAUAAGGCUUUGAUGGAGAUGUCAAACGGGCGAGUUCUCCGUCGGCCCAUAUCCAUAAUGCUUAAGGGAAAAUGGGUUAUCUUGUGCUUGGCCUACUUUCUUAGCGUGUUGUAA